GUAGCCACAGCCACUGAGAGAGAUAAGAGAAAGUUUAUUAACUACCACACAGUUGUAGACUGUUAAACGUCUUGUAGUCAACUGAGAUGUGGCGGCGCUGGUUUUCCGGAUCUUUGACUUUCUUGCUUUUAGUCACUGCAUCAAAUGCCGUUCAAUGGACGCCAGAAGUUGGGGGCAUCAUCAUGGCAUGUGUAGGCGCCGACAUUACAAUCCCAUGGUCCUUUACAACAGCGCCGCAAGAGACUGUCAUUGAUGUCACGUGGUUUUUAGAGAAGGCUGAUGGGAGGGUGACAGUGUUCGCCAGCUAUACCAACGGUCAGUUCUUCUCGUUGCCCAGAGAUCACGUGCAGUUCCUGCCCAACGCCGGCCUCAUCAUCCAGCAUGCGACGGUCAACGACACGGGGCUGUACUCCGUCCACGUCAACUCUUUCGACGGGAGUGGUCGGGUGUCCGUCAGCAACCGCUCGGCUCUCGUACAAGUCUCGACUCCACCAGUCCUGUCCGGGACACAGCUCCAAGCAAGUCGUAGUUCCGAUCCCGCGAGGGACGACGAGACAGGGACGUGGCACGUGACACUACAGUGUGGUCCUUUUGAAAAUCCAGGCCAACCCCCGGUCAUAGUUGAAUGGGUGACGCCCUCUGGAUCUGUGCACGCGGAUUUCAACUACAGGGACGGGUACUACCUGCUACCCCUCAAGUCCAUCGAGCGUGGCAACUACACCUGCUCCAUCGUGGACCAGAGUCCGGCGAAGAGGUGUCUGGCCAGCGACUCCCCUUUGCACGGUGAAGCUUCUGUCUACGUCGAUGGCGAGGAAAUCCGUCUGGCCACGUUGGAAGCCAAUCAACGAGAAACAUCCGAGAGGUUGCAGGAGUUCAACAAGAGCCUGGGUAGAGAGCUGGAGUUGCUACGGGAGGAGAACCGAUUGUUGCGGGAGGAGAACUCAGCGCUUUCACUUGCAGUUCAGGACAUCAAAGAUGCGCUCGGCCGUUAUCAAGGGCUCAAUGGACUGCAGGACCAGCUGCAUCAACCAGCCACGUGCGCGCAUGUGAAGCAAUACAGUUCUCUGAGUGGCAUCCACACACUAUUUCAAGGAAACACGACGAUGACAGUGUACUGCGACCAGCACACGGACACCGGGGGCUGGACAGUGAUUCAGCGGCGACAGGAUGGCUCAAUAACUUUUUACCGUGACUGGACAGAUUACAGAAACGGCUUUGGGGAUUUGAACGGAGAAUUCUGGUUAGGGCUGGACAGCCUACAUCUGAUGACAUCAGCGAGGAAACACGAGCUGCGCGUGGACCUGGAGACCUUCGACGGCAACCGCACCUUCGCCACCUACAGUGGCUUCACCAUCAGCGACAGGACUAGCGCCUACAUCCUACACUACGACCACUUCUCAGGUGGUAACGCAGGUGACAGUCUCAGGUACCACACCGGUCGUCCAUUCUCCACCAAGGACCACGGAGCCCAGGCUGAGUGCGCCAUCAACCAUCAGGGAGCCUGGUGGUACUACGACAGCUGGUCGUUGUGUGUCGCCAACUCCAACCUCAACGGUGUGUACAAGAAGGAUGGGACAGUGAGCACGGAGACUGAUGGAGUUUUCUGGGGAGCGUUCGGGGGAUCCUUACAUUUCUCUAAAACGGACGGAAAUGAAAAUUCGACCUUUGUAAUUUAGCCUAGCCUGUGUAAAGUUUUUAAAAAGACUUCUCAAUAAAUAUUUACCUGUUCUGUAACAUU